AAAAUACAAUCGCAGUCAUUGUUGCAGUACAUUCUAAGCUACAUUAAUCAGAUUAUUUACAGCCAUGGACAAGCUACGCCGAGUGUUAAGUGGCGAUGAGCCAACGCCUGAAGAGGAGAGCAGCAUCAUCACUCAGAUUAAUGAUAUGUCAACGCUCAGCUGGAGCACUCGCAUAAAGGCCUUCUGUAUAUGCUUCGUCUUGGGCAUACUGUUAUCUUUUCUGGGCUCCAUAGCCCUUUUCCUGCAUCGCGGAAUCGUCGUCUUUGCCGUCUUCUAUACGAUAGGAAAUGUGGUGUCCAUGGCCAGCACGUGUUUUCUCAUGGGACCCUUUAAGCAAAUUAAGAAAAUGUUUGCAGAGACGCGUCUGAUUGCUACCAGCAUUGUUAUUGUGGCAAUAGUCAUGACUUUCAUAUCGGCUAUAGUGUUGAAAAAAGCCGGACUUACGCUUAUAUUCAUUAUCAUACAAUCCCUGGCCAUGACAUGGUAUUCGCUAUCUUAUAUACCCUAUGCACGAGAUGCGGUUCGAAGCACAGUCUCGGCAUGUUUCGAGGUUUGAUUUAGUUUAGCCAAUUUACAUUUACAUCAUCAUGCAGCAAUCAAAUUUAAAUUGUAAUUAACCGUCUUAAUAUUCUGUAUUAUUAUUAAUGAUUUGCUUAUGUAGUUGUUAAGUUUUUUCUAUUUCUUACAUUUGCAAAAAAGAAAACAAAAAAAGAACAAGAAAGAAAAUUGUAUUAAUCUAGAUACUAGGUCUUAGACACAAUCAGCUUAUUAACAAAUGUUUCGUUGGUUUUAAUAUCAUUUAUACAUACACAAUAUAAAUUUAAUUUAAUCAGUACAGUUUUGCAUAAAUUGUAUGUACAGUUUACAUUGUAAUAGAGUUGCCUUUUAUUUCUCUUGCAUCUGUUUUAAGUUGUUCUUACUUGCUGUUUUUUUCUGUUUUGUAUUUUUCCCAACUAGUUUUAGUAUUAUGAUUCUUUUUUUGGUUUGCUUAAAUGGCCUCAUUUGAUUUUCUUCUCUUUUGCCGGCGACAAUUUACCUAAAAGAAAAAUAAUGGGAAAAAAGAAAGAGAAACGAAAAACGUUGUAAGACAAAUCAUAAGUUUGAAAAACUAUUAGACAAUUUUGAUUUUAAUAUCGUAGUGCGUUGUGCUAGGGCCUUCAAUUGUUUGUUGUGCUUAACACAUCGAAUGCAAUUCCAAAAAAGAGAGUGUGUGGAAAGAAAACAUUCAAAAUGAGUGUGAAAUGAUCGCAGAGAACACGAGAGAGAUAGAGAAACAGUAAUAGAAUGCCAAUGCAAAAACGUAAAGAGAACAAAAUUCACAUUUGAGAGAACGCGUUCUUUACAAUGUGCUAGCUAUACCUUUAGUUGGUGAAUUCGCUGCGCUAUCUCCUUGCUUCUUUGUGGGCGUUGAAGCUUUUUUCAGCUGACGUUGCUGCAAAAUAAAAAGCGUUUAUUAUUUAUAAUGACUAGGAAAGUAAUAUGGGGGAGACCUUUACCUGCCAGAGGACGGCAACGUAGACAAAGGCCACCGAUAUUAGCACCUGCACGGUCAGCCAGAGCACAAUGUUGAUGGCUUGCGUGCGCUCAAACAACUCCUUGCCAUUCUUGAUGCACAGAAUAGCCUCGGAGACCAUAAUGGCGCCGUAAACCCAACACUGGGUGCCGACGCGUUUGCAGCGCGUGUCGGUGACGUAUACGUAAUAUUGCCUACAACAAACGAAAUCGUGUUUAUUAACAAUUCAAUUAAAUCAAUUGAAGAAGCAACUCAACUCACCUAACUGAAGGCGCCACAAACAGACCAAUGAAUAUUAAACGACCAAUCACAAUGAAAUGAUCGGGCGGCAUCUCGAAUAUAUGCUUCAGGAAGAACGUAUUCAGUUCGGUGACCUGCCAGAAGAUGACCAACUGUAUAACAGCCGCAAAUCUCAUGGCCGUCGACUUGGGAUCCAACCAACGAAUGGCCGACCAACUCUCUGGUGUAAACUGUAGCAUGGCACGCUUGAUUUUGCCCGUUGUCGUCGAGAUGUCCUUUAUGCUCGCCCAUUUGUAUUCACGCAUUUCGAGUAUCUUGCAGAUCUUCAGGCCCAUCCAAAUGCCAAGACCAUUGCAAAUAAUCACAUCCAGAAUAAGAGCAUCCCACCAACAUUCAAUGAAAUUGGGCAACAAGUGGGCGAAGGUGAUUUCCGUAAUUUCCCACAUCACUGAGAUGGCCCACAAGAUGCCCAUGUGACGGAUGAGAAUAGCUUUAAAAGCCCAGCCCAGAAAGUGUCCCCAGGCAAAGACAUCCAAAUGGCCCUUGACACGAUCCCAGCUAAUGUCUGAGCAAUUGACGCCAUAUUCCUGAAAAUGGAUUAAAUAGUUAAGAUAUAGAUUUAAUUACUAUAUAGUAGUAUAUUGUACUUACCUUCUCCAUGUCUAUGUGAAAGUUCUUCAGCUUGGGAUCAAGCCAAUAGAAUAUGUUGCGUAUGGUUGAAUAGUUUUGGAACAUGAGAAACUGUAGCGUGAGCAGAUAGAGGACGGAACAGCCAAAUAGGAUCCGCCAAACGGCCGGAUGUGGACGUGUGAAGGGUCCAUUUGGAAAUGCAAUUACGGAAACGAUCAGAAAGAAGAAUACAAUGCACAAGAGUCCCGCCCACAGGUUGUCAUCCAAGUUGGCCUCGUUCCUG